AACUGAAGUUACAAAGGACAAUGCUCAGUGAAUAUCCUGGUGACCCUUUGUGUGCAGCCACAUGGUUUUUGCAAUGGCAUCCGAAACUGAAAAGGCCCACGCGCUUCUCCAGACUUUUAGCACAGCCUCAGUUAUUUCUAGCCUGUGUUUGGGAAUAUUCUGCUUUGUAGUGGACAGACUCUUGCAGUUUUCCUUCAUUCAGCAAAGUGACUGGCUCCGAGCCUUCGCUGACAACGCAGUGCAUGGUGUGCUAGGGAUGUGGUCCUGGGCAAUAGUGAUUGGACUCAGGAAGAAAAGCGACUUCACUGAGGUCACCCUGGCUGGCUUCCUCUCCUCUGUCAUUGAUGUGGAUCACUUUGUUCUCGCUGGCUCCCUGUCAUUAAAGGCUGCCCUGACGCUUCCACAGAGACCCUUUCUUCAUUGUUCCACUGUGAUUCCUGUUGUGGCUCUGACCUUAAAGUUUAUUAUGUACCUUCUGAGGCUAAAGGACUCAUGGUGCUUUCUUCCCUGGAUGUUGUUCAUGUCUUGGACUUCCCAUCAUGUCCGUGAUGGGAUUCGUCAUGGCCUCUGGCUCUGUCCACUUGGAAAAACUCCGCCUUUGCCAUACUGGCUGUAUGUGGCAAUUACAGCAUCUUUACCUCAUCUAUGUUCCUUUAUUAUGUACUUAACAGGCACUAGAGAAUUAAUGUCUAUAAAACACGGAAUCCACAUUGAUGUAUAAGGAUGAUGGAUCUUGGAAAUUGUUUGCAUUCAAACAUAAGCUAUUGCUUUAUCACUGGGAAAAGUUUC